GGGAUGGGAUCCAUCAGAUACACAGCAGAAAGGAGUGAAGUGCAACCACUUUGUGCUGUGUGAAAGCAGCUUCAACGAGCCGUCCUGCCUCUAAAACCGAAUCAAAGAGCAAGUCCGUCGUCGACGUACUUGUACCUGGAGAAGGGACGGGACGGCAGGGAGAACAAGAAACAGAAAGCUAGCCCCGAUUUUGAGUCACCGACGGGGAACUCGUACGUCCCUCACAGAAUCCUCGACGAGUUCAUGUCAAAUGGCUCCCAUAUCCGAACUCGAUACACUUCCUGACGGCCAACUCUUGUACAUUGAUGCUGAGGGUACUCUGCAGAAGGUUGGUGUACAUGCAUCCUGUAAAGACAAGAAAAUUGUGAUUUUCGGAGUUCCCGGAGCCUUCACGCCAACUUGCAGCCUGAAGCAUGUCCCAGGUUUUCUCGAAAGAGGGCCAGAGCUCAAACAGUUGGGGGUAGCACACAUUUUUUGCAUUGCAGUGAAUGAUCCGUUUGUGGUAAAAGAGUGGGCCAAGACGUACGAAGCCAACAGAGGAACCAUUCAAUUUCUCGCAGACGGAUCUGCUAUCUACACAAAGGCUCUGGGCUUGGAGUUCGAUUUAACAGACAAGGGUUUAGGAAUGAGAUCACGCCGGUACGCACUCUUCGUAGACAACCUUGUUGUCAAGAAAGCUAACAUAGAAGAGGGGGGAAAGUUUGAGGUCUCAACGGCAGAUGAGAUUCUCAAGGCAGUAAUGUCAUGUUUCUAGGAGCUUUAUUAAAUGUGUGGAGUAGGUUAAGUAAGCUGAUAAAAAAGUCACAUCAAGAGCAGUUGAUCUCGAGCGAGUUCAAUUUGGCUCGAUCCAUAACAUCCACAGAACAUCAGAUGAUGACGUGCUCAUGAUCUGAAGGUUCAACGAGUUUGGUAGGAAUCAAUUGCUAUCUGUAACUGGGUCUGCGAGAUAAAGCCUUCCUGCGGUCUUCUGUGAGUGGACUAAAAGCAGGGCCUCGACUGGACUGGCCAUAAUUGUAUAAUAUCUACAGAUGCCUUAUAUGCCGACCCACUUUCAACCAUUCAGCACUUGGAAUUGGCGUCGUCUGUCUAGAGUAUUGGUUCCUUGAGGCCGUUCACGAUACCCUCACUGCUGGCACUUCUGUACAAGGAGCGAAACACAC